CUAGACGGAUACACGCAGACCCACCGGGCGAAGUGACUGCUCCUGUUGUUCAAGAGUCCCAGACCCAGACUGUGCCCGCCCAGGAGGAAGAGGAAGACGCAGCGAGACCAACGUUCGUCAAGGAAGAAGAGAGACCAAGGAGGCGCAAGACCACUGCGACGCGCUCUUCUCCUGCUGCUGCGGACAUACCACCAGAGUACGCUUCCGCUCACCUAUGGCUGCCUGACUCUCAACCACCACCACCAACUGGGGCUGCACAUCCUCCGGGACUGCCCCCACCGCAUAUGAUGCAUGAUGCUCUUACUAGCCUACUCCUAUGUCUUCAUCCGCAGACACAGCAUCGAAGUCUCUUUCCCGGACCUGGAGGACAAGCACAGGUAGAGCCAACUCUUGCACUGUACUGCCCGAUCGAGGGAGGCGACUACGUGCUCGAUGAAACGAUCAGGGAGGUAGCUAAGCGCGCAGGUGCAGAAGUCGUCGUACUAGAUGCGGCACAGCUAGCAGCGGGGUCACACGGGGUAUUCGGUCGUUCUGCGGUGGGAUUCCGACUCCCUUCUAACCCGCUCCACGUUACUUCCGUCACUUCUGUUCAGUCCCCCAACCCCCCUUCUGCUGCCUACGGACCAGGGGAGGAAGAUGACGAACUCGAUGCCCCCCUUUACCCCAGCAGCCUCGGCGCCGUCGCCAUCCAGAUCCCUACAACGAUGCAUUUGUCUACUCUUCCGCGGUCAAAGAUUGGCUCUGCUGCUAGUGCCGCAGCUCGUAAUGCACCACAGACGGCUAUGCGCAAGUUAUUCGACGAGAUAGUCAAUCUUUCACCUUCACUUCCCGAUCUCGAUCUACCUUCGACAAGCACCAGUGCCGGCAGUGCCGGCGCACCCCAAUCACCCGUCAAACCACGGAUCAUCUACAUCCGGGAUUUUGGUCUCUUAGCGCCCACAAGCGCCCACUGGUACCCUACUCUGCUCAGCGCCGUGCGUGCCCGCCGUGCCCGUCCGCUCUCCCGUCCCUCCCAACCCCCACCAAACCCUACCGUGAUUGUCUUCGGUUGUCUUCCCCCGCUCCUCCCGCAACUGCAUGUCACCCCUACCGCCAGCGCGGGUGGCAUCCUCAGCAUGCUCAUGGGCCCCUCGCGAUCUACAGGAGUCGUCCGUGUAGAGGGCAACGAGGAGGAGGACGCGCACGAGCGGGAGCGACGACUUAGCGAGCGACUCACCGCGUGGGAGAAGAACGAGCCCCUCUGGCUGUCUAGCGAACUGCCUGCUUUUGGCGGCUCACCCCCUGCCUCCACUGCAGGAAGAAGCGCCAUGGACCAGCUGGGAAUGCUCUUCGGAGGGGGGUACGUUGGCCUCCCCGCAAGAAUAGGCGCCGAUAGCGAGUAUGUUUCUCCCCCCGCCGGAGUGGAGGACGGUGCUGUCGCCGGCGCGGACGCGCGCCCUGCACCACCGUACUUCCGAGCGCUGACCAUCUUGCCCUCCAUGCGCGCCCCAGAGCUGGAGACAGAGACCCGCCUCGCCCGGAGGAGGGAGAUCAACAUGCUCGCGAUGCGGAUGGCUGUAGGCGCCGUUGGGGGCGUACUUCCCGACCUAGAGCUGGGGGACGAGGAGCUGCAGCAGGAAGACCUCUGGCAGGAAUGGGGGAAGAAGGUAGAGCCCUGGUCUGUCCUCCGAGGUGUGGCGAGUCGCGCUGUCGGCGGAGUCGUAGCUGAGCAAGUUGGGGCGGGAACGGGAGGAACCUCAACCCUCAACCCUACCCCCGUGCCGUGGACUGCUGUGCUCGACAGCUGGGAAGCACAGCGUUCCUCCGGUGCAGCGCGCAAGGCAUGGCUCGACUCUGCUCGUGCGGCGUCCCUCCUUUCUGAGGAGACCCCUGCUCCUGGCACGGAAGAGAGUACCGAAGAGAAGGAGGACGAGGUGAUCUCCCGCGUGCGUCAGGCCCAGGACCUGGAAGAGGGCGAACAGCGCCUGCUGGGGUGUAUCGUCGACCCUUCCACUAUGCCUACAACGUUUGCCAACGUCCACUUGCCCGCAGGGACGAUCGACAGCAUACGCACGAUCGUUAGCCUGCCUUUACUCCACCCGCAGGCGUUUUCCCAGGGUAUUCUAAAACAACACGCUAUGACGGGGGCGCUGUUGUUUGGUGUACCGGGGACGGGGAAGACUCUGGUCGUUCGGGCGCUGGCGAAGGAGAGUGGGGCGCGGAUGCUCAUGAUCAGACCGAGUGAUAUAUUCGAUAUGUAUGUCGGCCAAUCGGAAAAACUCGUCCGCGCGGUGUUCACCCUCGCGCGCCGACUCCAGCCCUGCAUCAUCUUCCUCGACGAGAUCGAUGCUGUGUUCGGCGCGCGAGUCUCUUCCCGCGAAACAGGAGGUGGGAUCGCCCACCGACAAGUUAUCACCGAGUUUAUGCAGGAGAUGGAUGGCCUGCGCACAAAGGAAGGUGGCGUCAUCGUCAUAGGUGCCACGAACAGGCCGUUUGAUCUAGACGAUGCCGUGCUUCGUCGGUUGCCGAGGCGGCUGCUUGUAGACUUGCCGGGCGAGAAGGAGCGAGUGGAGAUCCUCAAGAUCUUAUUGAGGGACGAGGUCUUAGCGCCUGAGGUGGACAUCCAGGGGCUGGCGAAACGGGCGGAAGGCUUCUCGGGCUCAGAUCUGAAGCACCUGUGUGUGUCUGCAGCGCUCAAUGCGGUUAAGGAAACUGUGGAACUACCCUGGGCUGUUCCGAGGAACGACAUCAAGGAUACCCUGGCCUUGACAAUGGUACCCGAGCUACAAGAGGCAUCGUCCAUACCCUUGGAAGAAGAAAAGCCAUCGCAGGAAGGUGCUAGUACACCUAUUGCGGAAGGCAAUGAAGCCUCAGUCCAGGAAGGCACCAGCGCACCUAUUGCCGACCUCUCCCCCCAGAUAGACGGGAGCGACGCGCCCUCUGCUUCUCCUACUGAACCGGUCUCCCCACCACCACCGUCGAUCACACAACGCGUCCUCCGGCCGCACCAUUUUGCCAAGGCGCUCACCGAGAUUAGCGCUUCCACAUCUGAGUCCCUGGGCACAUUAUCCGACCUGAGAAAGUGGAACGAGGAGUUUGGAGAAGGGGGUACGAAGCGCGGGCGGAGAAAGCGUUGGGGUGCCAAAUUCGGGUUUGGCAUACCUGACCAGACGCAGGGUGUGAGGGAGCUGGGGCAAGUCGGUGGCGGUGAGCCGUGAACGGAUUAGCGUGUCGGCGGGAAGUUUUUCUAAGGUAGUAUCGAGCAUCUUAG